UCAAUAAGAAGCGACGGUAAGCAGGCCUACGAAAUCAAUACACAAAAAUAGGACGGGGGAGAAAUAAGGUUUUGUUGUUUUUGGUUAAAUAAAUCCGUUUGAUUCAACGCUAUGCCGAAAGUGAAAAGGAGCAGGAAACCACCUCCAGAUGGCUGGGAGUUGAUUGAACCGACAUUGGACGAAUUAGACCAAAAAAUGAGAGAAGCCGAGACGGAGCCUCAUGAGGGAAAGCGGAAGGUGGAGUCCCUGUGGCCGAUAUUCAGACUGCAUCAUCAGAGGAGCAGAUAUAUCUUCGACUUGUUCUACAAGAGGAAGGCCAUCAGCAGAGAGCUGUAUGACUAUUGUAUAAAGGAGAGUUAUGCUGAUAAGAACCUGAUCGCUAAGUGGAAGAAACAGGGAUACGAGAACCUGUGCUGCCUUCGCUGCAUCCAGACACGAGACACCAACUUUGGAACCAACUGCAUCUGUAGAGUUCCCAAGAGCAAGCUGGAGGUGGGGAGGAUUAUAGAGUGCACCCACUGUGGCUGCCGAGGCUGCUCGGGCUGAAUCGUCAGGAUCAUCGCCUGCCUGUUCUACUCUGGCUCGUCUGGUCAGGUCUGGAUCGCCUGGCUGUUUUGCUGUGGGGAUCGUCUCGCCUGGCCUGGUCGUUCUGUUCUGGAUCAUCAGUUAUUUUCUAUGGGACAUCAGGGCUCAUCUACUCCACCUGUGUGCUUCAUUACCCUGGAGUGUCUAAUCUCAAAUACA